AUGCCGUCGUUUCAAUCUGUAGCAAAAGCAGAGCGCGAAAAGAAGCUCAAAGCAGUCCUCACCUUCGCCACAACGCUCAUCCAGAGGGUCGAAGGCGGUCAAGAUACGACACUUGCAGAUGAUCUGCGGGCUAAUAUUCGUACCCUUCCUCUCCAAGCCUCCUCUACAGUCCUCGCGAAGCAAGAGGAGCUUGACCGGCUCGGCACCGAGCUAUGGAAUUUAGCUAUAAAACUACGACGCGACGAAGCAGAUGUCAUAAUCCAAUCCAGUGACAUUACCGCUAACCAAAAACGUACUCUGUCUCUCCUGCGCGCCUUCUCGUUCUUGCUUCUCGACUCCGCUGGUGGUCACGAUACGAAACGCCGCCAGCGCAAGAACUGCAUCCGUCUUAUGAAGGUCGCGCUAAAAGCAGCUAGGGUAUGUAUCCAAGGUGACGAGCUGAAUAUAGCGACCAAAGUGCUUGAGCGUGCUGCGGACUAUCAAGAUGUCCUGAGUCAAGAAGGUGAAGACAAGCGUAAAGAGGAGAAAGAGCUUGCAGAUGAUCUGAGAGCUCAAUACCUUGCAGUUCGAACGACCUUGGCAUGGCGUCAGGAUCGCAUGGACACCGCAGAGCAUUUGUUCAUCAAAUGCAAGCAGCUCAUGACGACACUCGCACCCGCAACAGCCGAAAUCCUCGCAGACCUACUUUACGAAAUCGGGAAAGGUGCUUUAGCGAAGCGUGAUUACAAUUUGGCGUCUCGGUGGCUGGAACGAGCACACGAUGUCUUUGACGGACAAGACCUGGAGAUGCUUAGUCCGGAAGUAGGGGAACUGAGACUUAGCAUCAUGCAGGCCAUCGUCCAAGCAUACGUGAAGAUCAAGACGCCCGAGACGCAAGACAAAUCGUGGCAGAUGGUGAGGCUAAUGGAGACAGACUUUGGAGACAAGAUGGGAGUCUUGCUACUAAAACUUGAGCUACUUUCCGAAACUGAAAAGAUCGAUACUAUCGAGUUCUACAAUGUUCUUCUACGCAUGAUUCGUACAAUUGUCCUUAGUGAAACAAACUUCAAGACGCUCAUGCAUCACAUACACAAACUGAAUGAGCACGACAAUGCUACAGCUAUCAAGGCGCUCGAUGACUUGAUAGAUAUACGCCUGUUUCGGGAAGAGAAUCAACAAUGGAUUGAGAAAGCUAUCAUUACACGGAUCUGGAUUAGUACCACUAGAAACUCUUCAGAGAACAUGCUUGAACAACUGCAGGAUCGCUUCGACACCGUCUCGCAAAAUUUGCCAACUCCAAUCUCUGCGCCUGCUACACAUGCUGCACAAACGUUGCUAUGGAAGUGUGUAGAAUUAGCAGCAAGUCAAGAGAAGCACAAAAUGGCAGAAGCAUGGUGCCAUAUGUGCCUUCAUCCUAUAUUCGACAAGGCUGGGGUACAGAAUCAAGCCAAAGUGUCAAGGAAGAUUAUCCAGUGCGCCCUCGCUCGCCGGGACUACGAGGUGGCUAGAAGUGCAUAUGCUCGGAUGACUGAAACUGGUAGAGAUGAACCAGUGACGCGGUAUCUGAUGUACAAGGUAUCAUUGCAAAGUGGAGAUACAGAUUAUGCUACUGAAUGCUUGGAUCACAUCUGUCGAAGUUCUGCUAGGGACGCGACACUUCUUUAUGCUUGUGUGAUGGAAGCUCAGAGAGCAGGAAAUAAGAGGCAAGCGAUCAACGCCCUACGAAGGGUUCUCGACAAGUAUGAGCAUGGUGCUACAACAGGCAUACAUUUACCUGCACUUCUGCGUAGAUCAACUACGCGUAUGCUGCAAUCUGAACUCAUCAACGAUGGUAAAAUCGACACUACCAUUCUCGACCAGCUGUGCAAGUCGUUUGAAGCAGCUCGUGAUCAGGCCAAGGCAUCUCGAACUAGGCCAAGUACUCUUGCCAAGGAGCUGUUCACGAAUUUGGAGUUCGAAUGGUUCUCUAAGAACUCUUACAAUCUAUCACUAAAACAUUGUGCUGAAAUGCCCCCAGCAUACCUCAUCAGGCUCCUCGAUUGCUGUAUGGAGUUCAUCAAACUACUCAAAGAAAAAGACGACUCAAACCCGAGUAGCGAUCUUAGUCUUCGGCUGCUCUUCUGUGAGUUUCUUGCUGCUUGUACUUGGAUUACUUUGGCGCGUGCGGAGGAUAAUGUUGAGCAAAAUGCCCAACAGUACUUGGAGGUUCGCAAGCAUAGUCAGAAUUUCCGACGCGCCGUACCAGAAACCAUGAAUGGGCUCGGUGAGUCUGCUAAAGCCGACAUAAUCUCAAAACACUUCCAGGUUGUCAAGUUGGAACUUGAAGCUGCACUCAAGCUUCGGAAAUGGGAUGAGCUUGAUGAGCUUUUUGAUCAGUGCUGGGUAUACAAGAACCCAGAUCAUUACGAAACGUUGGCCGACCUUACCUUGGUCAUCCACCAUUGUAUCGUACAAGCAGAACUAGACGUCAAGUACCAGAAAAAAGUAUUAUCUGUUCUCCAGAAGAUAGUCAAUCUAGUUAGCCGGCAACCAGGCAGCGAUAUGCCAAGAUUAUCUCGAUGGCUUCGAUGCCUAUUCAGCCUCUCACUUCCGUUUGACGACGAAUCUAGUCUUAGAUACAUCGACCAAGUCACACAUAUCGCGGCAACAAAGCAGAGCGUUAGGCGUGACACGAGCACUUUUAGAUCAUGCAGAGAUGAAGACACCGUAGACUUGGCUGACAAGAUGAUCAAGGAAACCGAGUGCUAUCCCAAAACGGAAUUAGAAUGGCUAGCGACCACCGCAUUCAAUCGCGCAAUCGACUACUAUGUACAGGAGAACGAUGAAAAGGCCAAGAAGUGGGCGGAAAAGGCAUUCGUGGUUGCACAGUGGAUUGAUGAUGCGGGGGCAACGCGAGAUUUCCUCAUGAAAAGGUUUUCGAUUCUGAAGUUCAGUGAAGAGUGA